AUGACAACAUGUGCACUAUGCGGGCUAUGCCGUUCAGCACCCCGCGGAACUUGCCCGUGUGCUGCUGCAGCACCCCCUGCAACCCUCGCCCGUACUGGUGAAGGGGAGCAAGGGGCAAGGGAGAGGACGGGGUUGGGGAGGGAGGGACAGGGCAUUGUUAGGCAGCAGGUGGCGCGGGCAGCAGGGCGCGCGGGGCGCGCAGGGGCAGUAGGGCGCGCGGGGCACGCAGGUAGCAGGGCGCGCGGGGCGCGCAGGGCAGCAGGACGCGCGGGGCGCGCUGGCAGCAGGGCACGCGGGGCGCGCAGGGGCACGUGGGCAGUAGGGCGCGCGGGGCGCGCAGGGCAGCGGGGUGCGCAGGGCAGCAGGGCGCGGGGGGGCGCGGCAGGCAGCAGCGCAUGGCAGAAGGACGGGCGCACAGGGCAGCAGAGCGUGCUGUGCGCGAGGGGCAGCAGGGCGCACGGGGAGCGCGGGCAGCAGGGCGCGCGGGGCGCGCAGGGCAGCAAAUCGACGCGCGCUCGAGGUGUGUGCGCCGCCACCCGCGUCGCCACGUCCAUGCGCGCACGCUCCAUCGUGCGCAUUCCCUCCACCACCAUCCGCGCCUCCUCCUCCGUCGCGUGCCGUGCUGCCUCCGCCUCUCUCGAGUGUGCCUCCGUUGCCUGCGCCGAGUCCCGCCCCCACUCCUCCGCUGCCGACUCCGCCGCGGCCAUCUGCUCAGCGUGGCGCAAACCCUCCGACUGA